UCUGUCCCUGCCCACCAUGCGUGUGUCAGAUCUGGGAAACUAUGCAGUUUCAAAGUAUAGGAGGAGAAAAACAGCAGGCCGAGUAACCUUUCCUUAUAGAUGAAGAGGAAAUACACGCAAUGUGACGAUAAGAAUAGCAGAAGAGACAUUUCUGGGCUGUGUAGAUGUGAGAAAGGAAAAAUAAGUUCACUUCUUCUUCGAGCAGGUGACGCAUGGAAAACAGAAGACCACUAAAAUGUAGCAAAUGACAGUGAUGAAAAUCUGAUAAGAAGAUUUCCUGCCCUAACAAAGGGUCUUUAUAAACUUUCAUUGAUGUGAAGACAAUGGCAGCCUCACAGGUGAUAUCGGAGAUUAUACAGAUCAGCUUGAUCUGGAUUACAUUGACUGCACCAAGUCGCGCUCAAGACAUCCCAGAGAUUACCAAUUUGGACUGUCUGAAUGAUUUUGAUAAGAAAAUGGUUUGUUUUUGGGAAGUGAUGAAUGGAGACACCAACUGCAGUUCCGAUUUCCAAUUAAAAUACACAGAUUUCAUGGAAACAACUGAGUAUUGCCGGGAUCUAAAUAAUGAAUACAAUGGGAACACCCGAUUGCCCGACAAAUGUAUCUGCAACAUCAAAGUGACUGCUUUCAUAGCAGAGGAAAACUAUCACAUAGAAGUUGAAUCACAGGGGCAAAGUGUGGGCAACACAACAGUACGUGUUUUCUCUACUGUUAAACCGAAACCUCCAUCAGACUUAUGGGUGAACCUGACAGACCCAGAAAAUGGGGUCGCACAUUGGAAAAGCAAUUAUGAAUCCUCCUUCAUUGCAGGAAUGCUGUCCUUUCAUAUCCAGUUCAUCUCCAAGGAGGAUGACAAAACGGUAGAAGAACACUUCCUUUCACAAUUAGAACCUCAAUUCACGUUCAGUAAGAGACAGCUGAGGCGAGGCCAUGAGUACAGAGUGAGAGUACGAACAAGACACUCAAAAGGACAGCAAAGAAAGGAAAUCUGGAGCAAAUGGAGUCCGGAGUUUGUGUUCAGAAACGAUUAUGACCGAACCAUAAUGGACUUUAAGUGGGUCAUCAUCCCAGUCAUCUGUAUCCUUGUAAUAGUGCUCAGUGUAUUCUGUUACUUCUGCGUACUCAGAACCAAGGAAAAAUGGUGGAAUAACAUUCCAGAUCCUGCAAGGAGCAAACUAGCCGAGAGCCAACUGAUACCGAAAAAUCAUUUGAAACCAACUGGAAAGCCUAGUGCUGGAAAAUCAUGUAGCAAAUGUUUGGGCAAACUCGCCAAAGCCCUCAGUAAGUCCAAGUAUGAACAAGUCUCCAAGGAAUAUCCUGCCAAAGACAGUCUAAACUUCAUGGGAAACUUUAUUUUUGAACCCGAGAAAGUUGAUAUUGAAAGCUGCAUUCAUCUGUAUCCUAAAGAAGAUGAUAACUUACAUCAAGAGGACUCUCCUGAAGAUGAUGAAGACAUUCAUCUGAUGCCCACUGACUGGUCUAUUGGAAUGAUGUUUGAUGAUAUUUUAGGUAAGGUGGAAACACCAGAACCGGUUAAUGCGGACAAUGCAUUUGGAAGCUUUGGGACAUUAAUUCUAAGGGACAAUUUUCAGAAACAUCUGCCAAUUUCCAUGGUCUCCCAUGAAUCUGGAUAUCAAAGCUAUGAUUAUGAGGAUUCUCCAGGGAAUUCAAAAUCAUAUGGGCCAAAUCCCCCAUAUCUUGACCAAUCUUCUCUCGUUCAAGGUGAUUUUUUACCAUAUGCUCCAGUACCCAACAUUAAUGAGGGUGAAUCUCAAGUAGCUAAAGAUGCACUUGUGAAUUCUGGCUACAACAGCUUUGCUAGUGCUCUAGCCGAAGCGACAUCCAACAUUAUGGAAAGAGACAACAUAUCAGUGUUUUCCUUGGGCACGUUUUACCAACCUAAUUAUAGGCAUUCUUUGCAGAAUCCAAAAAGCAUUCUGUAUUACAACAAAACAUGUUUUCCAACUUACGAGGAUGACGUUCGACCUAUCAUAACUCCAACAUCUGAUUACAGAGUAAAGACAUGUCCCAUUUCUGUAUCUGAAGGACCUGGAUAUCAAAGCUUUAACCAAGCCAGUUCAACAAGGUGAUACGUCUAGUAUCGUCAGUACCACUUGCCUUGUUUUUGACUCUGGGUACAAGCCCUUUGAAAGCCUUACAAGAAUCUCUACCAGCAGUGUAGACAAUAUCAACGGUUUUUCAGAGCUUGACAAUCAGCGUCCUUUCGAAGACUCCUGUUAACAAUUAUGAGGACCUUCAACAAACUGGAAUGGUCAAUGGUGGGACAGAUGAGUGGACAGAUACUCAAAGUUCUGAACUCAACUUUUUUUCUAGGAAAUAUCCAUCCUAUUCUGAAACAUUAGGAGAUAAACAUACGGGUUCGGUAAGCCUAACUAUGGACAUUCAUUAUGGCAUCCACAGGGCAUUAAAGGAAGCUGAUGAACCUUUGGCUUUGACCUUCGACAUAAUUGAUAAUUUGAGGAAUUUUGCAAACAUGCCAGAAUCCAGCAUAUCCCUUGGCUUAGAGUUUUGUGGAUUCCCUACAAAUAUUACAUCCUUCCCGUGUUUACUGGAUGAGACACCAAUCAUUCAUGACCAUCUUCUGGAUAAGAACUGCCCUCGUACCGAGAAGGACUUCUCAAUGAAGUUUGAGAACAUGUCCUAUUUUCUCCCUCUUCAUCGUUUAAGGGCAGAAGAUUGCAGCCAAACAAAUAACCACUUACUGGUGCAGCAUAAUAAUAUGGACAACGAGGGUAAUUCAUAUAUGAAGAUAGCAUUGUGGUAGACGUAGAUCUAGCCGAUAUAAAAUAUAUGGACUAGGUUCUGUGUUUGUACGAGUCAGAAAAUGAUGGGUGCUGCCUAUGACCAUUAAAUUGUAUCAGUCUUGAGCAUGGCAAGGUUUAGCCUGAACAGCAGUUUGCUAUGAUUGAAGGAAAGGGUGCAAACUUAAUGGUUACACACAGUAUUGUGGCACAGAGCUCAAUAACAUCACUUCCAUUUACUAUGUACAAGUAGCGAACUGUGAAGAAUUUCAUUUUUGGAUUGUCAAUGGGGGUGUUGCCAUGCCUCACACAAUACAAUGGCAUUCUAUAUAAUGUGAAGUAAAAACUCCACUUUUAAUGUUUUUUUAUGUACAUGUACAUGCUAAAAAUGCAUGAGUUAAAAGGGUUUAUCCCAUGAUUAAUAUAAAAAACUUAAAUCAGACAUCAUAUAGUACAUGACAACCUCUUCCUAACAAAGCUAGAACCAGCCCCGUACCUCACAUGGAAGCAGAGAACUCCACAUUUAUUGUUCAAAUAGAUUUUCUUCAGGUUGGCAGCUUGAGGGCGUGUACUUUCUGCUGAAGUUCUCUCCCUAUGACAGCUCAGGGGGAUGUGUCCUUUCUGGGGGCAGGGUGUCUUGUCUCUUGCAGCUCUUUCCCUGUAACUGUCUCAGCGACUUAAAUUAGAUACAGCUGGUGACAGUUGAAGAAUUAAACUGAGCAUGUGCGUCCCCCUUAGUGAGGAGGUCAGAGAAAUUAGGGAAAAGAGCAAACUGCAGGUAGCGCUAUACAUGCAGAUUUUAUAUGGAAUAAGUCAGUGGUUAUAUUAAAUUUUUUAUUACAUGCAAUUACAAAAGUAUUCAGAUCCAGGUGCUGGUUUGAAAAAUGUAGAAUGUUUUUGGUAGGACAGCACUUUUCAAAUUGUACAGUUGCUUAUAAAGACCUUUUUAUAUGAGCACUAUUAAAACACUAAAUAUGUGCCCCAGAAAACUGAUGCACAUUACACAUGAAACCUAACCCAGCACCUUGCUGGCAGAAAUCCCCCCUAUAUCAUUUAAAUUUAAUUUCUAUAUAUAACAGAGUAGCUGAGUCAUUCUUUAUUGCUUCUUGUAUUGAUAUUAAUGAAAACCCUAAGGCCCUCAAUGUGCCUAUAGUCAUGUGGGUGUCCCGUGUCCCUACCUCAUUGUAGGAGCAGACUAAUCCUAACAUGCACAGAAGGUAUAGGGGAAAGACUUAGGGAGUUGAUACUGGCAGACAUCGACAUAUGAGAUUUCUCUCCAUGGUAUUUGCAAUGGCUGUUUAUGGUACUAAUCUCUGGGUUUAUAGUUAUAGUAGGAAGAGCAGCUCUGGAGCAGAAACUGCUGCUCUAACAAGUGAAACACUAAGCAGAAUCAGAGAAGAGGGCCAGUUAUAAAAAAUAAUAAUGAAAUAUUACUACUGCACAAAGGUACCAAAAAUAUAGCACUGUGAAUAUCCCAGGAAUGGAGUAUCUAUACAAAAACAAAGCUUUUGUCUGUAACUUGUCAUAUUGGCCUGUCCUGUAACAUGUGGCUUUAUCUGAUAUAUAUGGUAAGGUAUACCUAAAUGGAGUCCUUGAGCAAUAAAGUUAUACCAUCACUA